CCAAACGGGCCCAAAAGACGUUUGUUACAGUCUUACAGAAUUGAACAAACCCGCCCAAGGAGUCCUCACCAAACCCAGCCAGUGUUCUUGUUAAGUAAAAACCCGUCCAUCGCCGGAGCUCCGCCAAACCACCACCAAUCCUUGGGCACAAAAAGAAAAAUCAGCUCGGAAAAAUGGGAACUUCGGUUCAGGUCAAGCCGCUGUGUGGAGUAUACAACGAGAAUCCCCUUUCGUAUUUAGUCUCAGUCGACGGCUUCAAUUUUCUCAUAGAUUGUGGCUGGAACGACCAUUUUGAUGUCUCUCUGCUUGAGUCUCUCUCCAGGGUCGCUUCAACUGUGGAUGCUGUCUUAUUGUCUCAUCCUGACACACUUCAUCUUGGUGCUUUACCCUAUGCAAUGAAGAAACUUGGACUUUCUGCUCCUGUUUUUGCCACUGAACCUGUGUUCAGAUUGGGCUGCCUGACCAUGUAUGAUCACUAUCUGUCACGGAAGCAAGUAUCUGAGUUUGAUCUGUUUACGCUGGAUGAUAUUGAUUCGGCGUUCCAAAGUAUUACCAGAUUGACCUAUUCUCAGAAUUAUUAUAUGUCUGGAAAUGGAGAAGGAAUAGUUAUUGCCCCCCAUGCAGCUGGUCACCUUUUAGGGGGAACAGUUUGGAAAGUAACCAAAGACGGGGAGGAUGUUAUAUAUGCUGUUGACUUUAAUCAUCGAAAAGAAAGACAUUUGAAUGGAACAGUUUUGGAGUCUUUUGUGCGCCCUGCAGUUCUUAUAACAGAUGCAUACAAUGCUUUACUGAGUAAUCAGCCUCCAAGACGUCAAAAGGAUCAACAAUUUUUAGAGGUCAUCCUGAAGACAUUAAGAGCCGACGGAAAAGUAUUAAUUCCAUUGGAUACUGCUGGUCGAGUGUUAGAGCUCCUAUUGAUACUGGAGCAGUAUUGGAACCAGGAAGAAGUGAUGUAUCCUAUCUUCUUCUUGACAUAUGUUUCAUCAAGCACGAUUGACUUUGCGAAGAGUUUACUUGAGUGGAUGAGUGACUCAGUUGCGAAAUCCUUCGAGAACACACGGGAUAAUGCCUUUUUCCUGAAUAAUGUCAAACUAUUGGUCGACAAGAGUGAGCUUGAAGCAUGUCCUGAUGGCCCAAAGAUUGUCUUAGCAUCCAUGGGAAGCUUAGAGGUUGGAUUUUCCCAUGAUAUAUUUGUUGAAUGGGCUGCUGAUACAAAGAACCUUGUACUUUUUCCUGAGAGAGCCCAGUUUGGCACGUUAGCACGGAUGCUUCAGUCAGAUCCUCCUCCCAAAGCUGUUAAGGUUACCAUGUCCAAGAGAAUCCCAUUGGUCGGGGAGGAGUUGGCUGCCUAUGAGGAAGAGCAAAAUCGGAAAAGAAAAGAAGAAGCUCUUAAGGCUACACUCAUCAAAGAGGAAGAAGCAAAAGCCUCCCUUGGUGCGGACCUUACUGUAGUGGACCCCAUGAUACUUGAUGCUAACAUCAAUCAAGCUUCUUCAAAUGGUGCUGGUUCGCAACAUGGAGCAUUCAGGGAUGUUUUCAUUGAUGGAUUUGUUCCAUCAUCAUCUACUGUGGGUCCCAUGUUCCCCUUUUAUGAUGAUUCCUCCGAAUGGGAUGAUUUUGGCGAAGUCAUCAACCCUGAUGAUUAUACAAUCAAUGAUGAAGACAUGGGUCACGGAUCUAUGCCAGUUGACGGCCGUCUCAAUGGGAACCUUGAUGAAGCAGCUCCCAAUUUGAUACUUGAUACAACACCAUCAAAAGUAGUAUCUUCAGAGCAAACAGUCCAUGUCAAGUGUUCAUUGGUCUAUAUGGACUUUGAAGGCCGUUCUGAUGGCAGCUCAAUCAAGAAGAUUCUAGGCCAUGUUGCCCCUUUAAAGCUUGUUUUGGUGCAUGGAUCGGCAGAAGCCACUGAGCAUUUGAAGCAACACUGUUUGAAACAUGUUUGUCCGCAUGUAUAUGCUCCACAAAUUGAAGAAUCAAUUGAUGUCACGUCAGAUUUGUGCGCUUAUAAAGUUCAACUUUCUGAGAAAUUGAUGAGCAAUGUUCUGUUUAAAAAGCUCGGGGAUUACGAAAUAGCCUGGAUUGAUGCUGAAGUAGGAAAGACAGAAAAUGGCACACUAUCUUUGCUUCCCUUUUCAAAUCCCCCACCACCACCACAUAAGACAGUCUUAGUAGGAGACCUAAAAAUGGCCGAUUUCAAGCAAUACCUAGCAAGCAAGGGUAUCCAGGUGGAAUUUGCGGGUGGAGCCUUGCGUUGUGGUGAGUAUGUCACUAUAAGGAAAGUCGGAGAUUCGAGCCAAAAGGCAAGUGGUGGUGGCACCAUCCAACACAUCAUUCUUGAAGGUCCCUUGUCCGAAGAGUAUUAUAAUAUUCGCGAUCAUUUGUAUUCACAGUUUUACUCCCUUUAAGAAAGUUGAUCGACCUAUAAUACUCUCUCUUCAGGAAUGCAACACAUAACUAAUCUUGUAUGAUGUUUUGGACUCAUUUCACUACUUGCAAACCAUUUUUCCUGUUGUGAUUAUUGUCUGGUGCACACGUUAGCUGAGUUGCCUAACAUUUUUGUCUUGGUAAGCUUGUCCAAUUAUUAUUAUUAUUUUUUAAAAAAAUAUUGGUCUAAUAGAUGAUCGGUAAUUUGCAUUAUUGAUGUGAGAAAAUCAACAUUGGAACGUGGACAUACGAGGCUGUUUUGAUAUCUGAAUGUGAUGUAACAUGGUUUGUCUUAUC